AUGCAUCUAAAACGACAGCAACACAACAAAUUUUCCUACGCAAUGGCCAUUUAUAUUUGUUCAGCACGCAGUGAUUGUGAAGAAUUUGAUGGAAAGUAUCGUGACCGUGGUAUAAACCGUGGAAUUUUAGCUUCGACCAAAUAUUCUCAAAACGAAACGUACAGAAAUCGAAAUAACGAAGAAGAAAAGAUUGAUAUUGAAAAUGUCAAUAAUGGUUCAUCAGCUGAAUUAGAAAGAUAUGAGAAAGAAUCUGAAUCAAGUGUUAAUGAAGAUGCAAGUUCAGAAGAAGAAACAAGUCAAAUAAAUACUGGUGUAUAUCUAUUAUAUGAUAAGAAAAAGGAAGUACAAGAAUGCGUGAAUAAUGUGUUAAGUUAUGCUAAUGAAUAUGGAACAUUACUAUCAGAAACUCAGUUAAAGACGAUAUUGGAUAUCGAAAAUGUUGAAAUCACGAAAGAUCGUACAAAUGGUCUUGUACAAGUUAUUUCAAAAUGUGUUGAUAUUGUUACUAAUUCACAUUUUGUACCGCCAACGACAAAAAAGCCAGUGUAUGAAUAUUACGGGAAGAAGUAUAAACUGACUAUGAUACAUCCCAUCAAACCCAUACCAAUACCAAGUGCGAUAUUGCCAAAAUAUCAGACAAAAGGAAAUAAAAAGGAAAAAACUGAUGGUUGUAAUAAAAGUGGAAAUGAAAAAGAACCAAAAAAAAUAAAUGAAGAAAAUAAUACAACAUCAGGUGAUGAUGAAGAAAAAGAUCAAAACGAAAAACUCAACAAGUUAAAAAAUAAUAGUUCACAAGAAAGUUGUAAUACUCCUAAAGAUGGUUUUGUUGCGGGUAAAACUAAUUCCACUAUCAUGAUUGAUACGCAUAGUCGAUCAUUACCACAUGCAGCUGCAGCAUCUGUCACAUCUUCUGAUGAUUUAUCUGUAAUAAAUCGUGACUCAAAAUUAAUUACGACUCCACCAUCAACACCACCAUCUUGA